ACCACAGAGUCACACAGACAAUUGAGCCAAUCAACAAUUAUCUCUUCACUCUUUCUCUCUUCUCUCUCUCUCUCUGUUUUGGCCUCCUUUUCAUUUUUGAGGUGCCACACCUCUUAUCUCCGUAAUUUCUUCAAAUCUCCUUUUUUUUUUUUCUUGUCUGGGUUUCGUGCUUUUUCCUCUUUAGAUCAUACUUGAGUCUCCGUUUUUAUUCCUCAAGUUUUCAAUUUGCUAAUCAACCAACUCUCAGAAAGAGGAAACACCACCUGGGUCUUGCUUUCUUUUUAGUUUCAAUGCUUCCUUUUUCAGAUUCAGAGUAAUGGGUUUCUUGUUGAAGAUGCAAAUACACUUUGUUUCACAUCAGGAAAAAUGGAAACAAAUCAAAACCAUCAUUCAACUGAGUCUAGUAUGGCUUUCUUGCAUCAUUAUGUUUGGUAACAUUUUAUGAGGAAAAAAGUUUCCUGCAAUUGAGUGGGUGCUAAGGCUGAUUCAUCUGAUGGUUUGUAUGCGGAUUUUUAUUUCAGAGAGCUUUUCUAUUCGCAUGAGUGUUUUAUAGUUGAGCUUUGACAUUAUGGGUAGAGGUAGAGGAAAAGGAAAGAAGUUGACUGUUAGCAAUCAUGAGGACCCAGGAAGUGGUGAGGAAGAGAAAAUUCCGGCACAGAAAAGAAGGGGAAGGCCACAAAAACCACUAAAGGAUGAUAUUGAUGAAGAAGAAGCUGAGAAAAUAGACGAGGAGGAUGGUGAGAACGGAAAAGUUCGUACUGUGAGCAAUGAAAUAAAAAGUCCCACUGCAACAGAGAAUGGAAAGAAGAGGAAGCGUAACUCACAAGUCAAAGACAAGUCAGAUUCAAUCAAAGAGGAAAAUGGUAUUGGAACCAGGUCGAGUACUGCUGACUCAACCAAGUCAAAUGGAUUUCGACAUAAUGGAAGCAGGAGGAAAAGCAAACCUCGUAGGGCUGCUGAAGCAGUUGUUGAAUGCAAAUAGGGUUAUGAUUGGCUAUUGCACUCGGUCUCAUCCCUAAUGCAUUGCCUGAAUAUGACAGGAUAGGAAGUGAGCCCUAGUGAAUCUCUCAUUUCAAAUUUUUUCCCUUUUUGGUCUGUUUUCUAAUUUUUUGCAAUUGCUUAUCCUUAUUUUGUUCUUAUUUCAUGCGGGAGUUUUUGAGCUGAUUUUGCUGGUUGUAAUUUUGAUAAUGCUGUUAUAUUUUAUUUCAUUUCUUGUUUCUGUGUA